UGGCACGCGACUGAAUAAUAUUAUCAGUCACGACAGUGGCCAAAUACGAAUAUAAAUACGAUCCCCGCUGUCUCCCUCAUGCCAAGAAUUGAGGAAUACUCUCUAGGCUCACAUUACUAUCAACGAGUCUUCAAUUGACAAUGUCUCGCGUCGCUUCACUAUCACGACGUCAUCUUCUCACCUCCCUCAAUCAACAACCAAAACGCUACUUCUCAGCUACCAUGGCUCAAGCAAAAGACACGUGGUCCGCAGACCAAUACGUUAAAUUCCUCAAAGACCGCACCCGUCCUUCGACAGAUCUUCUAGCCCACGUUCCCAACACAUCUCCCAAGCGCGUCGUGGACGUUGGCUGCGGCCCCGGCAACUCAACCGCCGUGUUAGCCGAACGCUAUCCCAACGCUCACAUCUCAGGCUUUGAUUCCUCAGCUGAUAUGAUCAAGAAGGCGAAACAAACUCUUCCUAAUGUUUCGUUUGAGGUUGCUGAUCUUUUGACCUACAAGCCUGAAGAACCUGUUGACGUUCUCUUCUCGAACGCUGUUUUUCAAUGGUUGCCGAAUGGGCAACGCAUUGAGAUUGUGAGAAAACUUCUUGAUCAUGUCGCGCCUGGUGGAAGUCUCGCUUUUCAGGUCCCUUUUAAUCUUGAAGAGCCAAGUCACGCUUUGAUGCGAGAAACAGCGGAUACACCCAACAUGCCAUGGACAGAGAAACUCAGAGCCGCCAACUACUCUCGUGACCAGUUUCCUUCACCAACUGAGAUUUGGGAUGGGUUGAAGCAUUUGUGCUCUGAUCUUAAUAUUUGGCAGACGACUUACAUGCAUGUUAUGGAGAAUCAUGAAGGGAUUGUUGAGUGGGUCAAGGGGACCGGUCUUCGUCCCUAUCUGAAUCCGCUGUCGGAGCCUGAGCAGGAAGCGUUUAUUGAGGCCUAUUUGGAUAAGUUGAAGCAAGGCUAUACCGCGCAGAAGGAUGGAAAGGUUCUUUUGCCGUUUCCUCGGUUGUUAGUUGUUGCGACAAAAGCGUAAAUGUAGAGCCGACCCAGUGUAUAUAGUAUUAUAGGUAGUAGUUAGAGGAAUGCUUUACGGAUCACGAAAGAGACCGUUACGUCCGGUCUUGGAAAUCUGCCUCAUGAUUGGUGACAUACGUUGACCGCACGAUUGGGCCAAGGCGUAUGCGCGGUAGCCGCCGUGG